UUUUCCUUGCAUUAUUUAAAGUAUAUCGCAUAUCUAAAAUUUAUUUAAAACAAAUGGAUCGGAUUACAGUAUUCUGCAAUGACAAACAACACAUCCAUUUCUCAAAAUCCACUUUGUGUGAAUGUAGCGAGAGAAUAAAAAUGAUGUUACGUCCUUAUACAAAUACAACAUCUGUCUCUCUUUACUUACCAUACUCGUCGGAUGUUUUGAAACAAAUUAAAGAAAAUCUGCGGAAAGGACGAAAAACCAUAAAAUCAAUGCAGAAUGCAACGGACAUAUUUUGCAUAAGCAAACGAUUAGGCCUACGUAAUUUAAAUAAAGAAUGUCGAGAUUUCAUGACCGAUCCAUCAAGAGUUAAGAAUGUGUGUUAUGUACAUGACUUAGCAUGUCAACAGAACGAUGAGAGAUUAGAAUAUUUAUGCUGGAAUAUAUUUAAUUCGAAAUGGAAAGAAAUUUUCUCAUCGAACGAAUGGCUGAACUGUGAAGCAACAACUAUGGAUAGACUCGUUCGUAGGCCAAUAAAUUCAUUUAUUGACGAAACAGACAUCUUUACAGUAGUUUUAAAAUGGGCCAAGAAAAGAGUUAAUAAUGAAAAAUCUCUAAGGCAAGUCAUGAAACCAUUCCUUCCGUACAUACGAUUUCUGACAAUGCCAGAAUGGUUUCUGGAAUCUCAAGUAUUCGUUGAACCGAUCUCAACGGACGUAGAGAGAGAUGCAAUAAGAUGCUACUUGCAAAAUAAGGAUUUCGACGAGACAUGGUUUAUUCCAGAGAGUAUUUGUGACAUUACAUGCCCUAGAAAACACGAAUUACUCUCGUCCUGGUUCUCUUAUGUGAAUCGAAGUGCAUACUUUAUUAAGAAAGUAAGGAAAAUGAACACAAAUAUUCGAUUUAUAUGCGACAUCGUUGCUAAGGAAGAUUGUUUUAUCACCAAAUUGCGUCUUCCUAUAACACAUUGCAGGGAAGAAGGUAUAACUGUAAUCUUGAAUUUUUCUGCUAACUUGAAGUUACGGACGAAAUAUCGUUCCAGAACAGCGUGUAAUACGAACGGAUGUAUUUUAUUGAGUCAUAUGCUACGGGUUCUAAAGUUUACACUUUAUCGAUUGGUUGUUAAAAUUGAUACACAGGUCAUUGCAGAAAAUGACAUAAGAAUCAGUCCGUCGGCAAAUUACUACAGUCCAUUCGAAGGAAUUCAAAGUUUUAAAUAUUUGCAAUCUGGAUUGAAAUUGCAAGAUGAAUUGGAGUACAUCUGUUUGGAUGUCGUACCCUACUUUUAAAAACUGAUACACAAAUUAAUUUUAGUCGUUAUUAAAUAAUGUUAAUCUCGUAAUAUUUAAAAAUUUAUGCGUUUUAAUUUCGAUUAAUUAAAUUUAACUUUUAC